AUGGCCGACAGUGCCGAAGCGGGCGGCGAAGCCCAGUCGCAGCAGAUUACCUUCAAGGUGAAGAGCUCUAAUGACAAGACACACACCAUCACCAUGGAUGAGUCAGCUACUGUCCUAGACCUCAAGACGAAGCUGAGCGGCCCUGACUUCGAAGAUAUCCCGGUCGACCGACAGCGCCUGAUCUAUUCUGGACGCAUCAUGAAGGACUCCGAUACCCUGAGUGUCUACAAAAUCAAGCCUAACAAUACUAUCCACUUGGUCAAGAGUGCUCGGAGCAACCAAACUGCUGCUGCGAGCACACCGGCUUCUACCUCUGCCUCAUCCUCCACGCCAACGCCAGCUGUGCCUCAGAACAUGGCCGCUGGCACCAGCGCAGGCGAUCCGCUUGCAGCCCUAACCGGCGCUAGAUAUGCUGGUCUCGCAAACCUGCCGAGCUUUGACCUUUUUGGUGCAGACGGAGGAAUGGGUGCUCCCCCUAGUGAUGAACAAAUUGCCGAUAUGCUCUCGAACCCAGCGGUUGCCCAGUCAAUGCAAGCAGCUCUCAAUAACCCGAACUUUGUCGAUUACAUGAUCCAGAUGAACCCCAUGCUUGCUAGCAUGCCGAAUGCUCGCGAAGUUCUCAAUUCACCACAGUUCCGCGCCCUUAUGACCAACCCAGAAGCUAUUCGGAUGGCGGCUAGGCUCCGUAGGGUGCUCCAGGAAAGUGCUGGUGCUAACUUCCCAGCUCCCGGGGCGGUCGAUAAUGCGUCCUCUGGCCAGCCCGCUGGAUCCCCAACAUCCGGCGGCAACGCGAACAGCGCCAAUAACGCUAACGAUCCGUUGAGGAGCUUAUUCGGAAUGCCCGGUCUGUUCGGCGCGCCCCUUGGUUCGGAUGCCUCAAAUCCCUUCGCUGCUCUUUUUGGCGCCCCUCCUCCAGCGAGCAAUACAGGCGGCACAGCAGCUGGCGCGACGUCGUCGACAUCGAGUCAACCUGCGGCAUCAGUUCAAGGCGGAAGUGGUUCAAGUGGGAGCAGUGCAAACACUCCAAACCAACCGGCUGGAACUGCCCCGCCUUUUAACCCUUUCGCCGCACUCUUUGGUGGCGCCAAUCAAGCAAACAAUCAGGGCGGUGCCAGUCUCCCAAAUCCUUUUGGCCUUCCGUUACCCCCAAUCCCUCCUGAGACUUUCCAGCAAAUGGCUCAGGCCUGGGGUUUUGCCCCUCCCGCUGUAGCCCCGCAGGAUAACAGGCCACCAGAGGAACGAUAUGCUGAGCAGUUGCGGCAACUGAACGAUAUGGGCUUCUUCGACUUUGAACGGAACGUGGCAGCCUUGCGCCGCAGCGGCGGCAGUGUCCAGGGCGCUAUUGAGUAUCUCCUCUCCAACCCAUAA